AUGGAGCUUGAGGGCCCCACCAUCACAGGAGCCUUACUCAGGGUAACAGUAGCAGAGAUAAGGAGGCAUGCGGCUUCCUGGCUGCAGCAGAAGAAGCAGCAGGAGCAGCAAGCAUCUCGACGGGCUGCAGCUGCAGCAGUUAACGCUAGAGGAGGGGGGCCCCCAGAGGCCUCCACCCGCUGGGGCGAAGAGCUGCAGGUGUGGGGCCCCUGGCGUUGCCGGGGAAUUUGUGUAGAGGGUCUUGCAGUCUCUCGAACGAGGGUAAUGCUGCGGGGGCCCCCUCAUGCGUACACCUCAGCAACAGCAGCAGCAGAGGCAGCAGCAGGAUAUGCAGAUACCGUAGAGCUAGACGACGGUACCGGGGUUAUUAGCUGCCGCUGGGUUUGGAGGCCCCACAAGGGUCCCCUAGAUGCAUGCAGCAUCAGCUCAAGGAGAGACAAGAGGGCCCCUCACAUUGAGGAGACAGUCCCUUUCGAGCCUCCUCCGCUUGUGGAAGUUGGUGCACUCUGCAGGGCGGAAGGCCGCGUGAUGCUACGCAGCAGCAGCAGCAGCAGCAAAUGCAGCAGCAGCAGCAAGUGCUGCUGCUGCUGUCCCUCCAAUGUUGAGGUCUCUCUUCGUCUCUUUGGGCCCUUAACCGAAGACACAGACCCUAAUGCUGAAGCCCUAGCCUUUGCUGCUCUCAGGACACAAAGGGCAGCCCUGAAGUGGUGGGAGCAGCAGCAGCAGCAGCAAUACAUGCAGCAGCAGCCCCAGCAAGAGAUGCUGCAGCAGCAGCAGCAACAGCGCGGAGAAGUGCAGCAGCAGCAGCAAGGGCGGCACUACGUCCAACAGCUGCACGAGGAGCAGCAGCGCCAACAUCUUGACCAGCAGCAGCAGCACCAGAUGCAGCAGCAGAAGCAAACGCCACACAUGCAGCAGCAUAUGCUGCAGCAUCACGAAGACGCCGAAGGCGCAAUUGUGGAAUGUCUGAGGACAUCGACAGCAGCAGCAAGCCCAGGAGCUGCUGCAGAUGGUGCUGCUGCAGCAGUUGCAGCAGCAUCAUCUCAACUAUGCGCAGCAACGCAGGUUACUUCAGACCCCAAGUGA